CUCGACAGCUCCCGAACGCGUCUAUCGAUAAUCACUAUUCUUCCCUCGCUUGCGACAUCAUCGCGCGCCCUCGCUACUCUAAUACAACCCACUCUACACUCCUGUCACCGCCGCCAUGCAACCAGCGCAGGGCAGCCAUGAGAGCGUCGACCGCAAAGCCUGGCCGACGCUGUUCGAAGUGCUGAGCCGCAAGACAGUGGCACCACUAGAUUUGUUUUCUUUCUACAUCUACAUGAGAGACCAGCAGCGCUCGGUCGACUAUCUGGAUUUCUGGCUCGAUGUCUCUCAGCACCUUCAGCUAUGCAGGCUGUACGUUCGAAGACUGCAUAGGUCGUUGGCUGAAGGCACACCCGAUUUGGAGAAGAAUUCCAGACGGAUGUCUUACCUGACCGAUGCUUAUCGGGAUAACGCUGGAGAGGGACCAUCGGACGAGAAGGAUAUGAGCGACCAGCGUCUUUCCCAAUUCCUACGGUCCAACAUGGGAAGCCGCAAUCACUCGCCACAGAACAGCCAAGAUAGCAACCAGAUUGAGGACCCACCGCGCCCUAGUUUCCACGCUCAGGACAGAAUGAACGACUCGAGCUCGCCUGGGCAGAACUCUUCCACAGACAAUUCGCAACCACGUCAAGAGGAUCUGCGUGCAUCCGCUGAAAAGAUCCUCUACACAUACCUUCUGCCAGGCUCAGAGAGAGAAAUCAUCAUCCCUCAGAGCAUAUUGAACGAGGUACAGGAGGCUAUCGAAGGACCAGCUCAGCGAUCCGACCCCGAGUUGUUUGAUCAAGCGAAGGAUUACGUAUUCCAGGCCAUGCAGCGCGACGCAUUCCCAGGCUUUCUUCAAGCCAAGGGUUUUGGCAACCUCGUGCCCCAGAGCAUGAUGCUUCGACUUAUCGUGGGCCUGGUCUCGAUCUUUGCUGCUGUGUGGGCGGCUUUCAUUCUGAUCUUCUUGGGUGCUUCUAGGAGCAGACGAUGUUGGCUCAUUAUACCUUUCACGAUUGGCAUCUACUCUCUCUUCACACACCAGUACAUGCUCGAUCCGAUAAUAGCGCUUCUUGGUUACAGCGAGUACACGCUCUUCGACUUCAACAAGAUCAAGGAGAAGUUUGUCAUGACGAUGUUGUACCGCCGCUCCAUGUCGAUGCUAUUUUUCUUUCUGCUCGUCACAACAGCAGUAUGCUGCCUCUUCAUCUUCGUCCCUAGCAAGCGGCUAUAGAUUCGGGGAAGCUUGUUUUUUUCUUUUCCGACCCG